AUGCAAUAGCGCAGACGGCCUUGUCGUUUGCGAGAAGCAGCCGCUGAGUGGGCCCCAUGCGAGCCGAACAAUCAACGCCGGGCUAAAGGUCGGGCGGAACACAAGGAUCCUCACAAAACUUCAAACCAAUACUACACUUGUACAUCAAGCAACGUGAGAGAAAUCUAACCUUUUAGUGCCUUCGGGGCAAGGCCAUGGCCCGCAGCGAGGGUCGCGGCCAAGGACCGCCUGCGGGCGGUCGUGGUGGCGGUCGUGGUCAAGGGGGUGGCCGCGGCCAGCACCCAAAUGCGGCGAAGAAGCCGCAGGACAAUGGGAGUGCAUCAGAGAAGCCAGUACAGCAGCAGGCUGGAUCGGCUGCCGCGGAGUCGGCGAAGCCCACGGGCGCCUGGGGAUCUGGGCCCUCCUUCAAGGAGAAGCUGCUAAUGGCACAGAAGCAGGAGGCUGCUGCCGCAGCUGCUGCUCCGGCUGGCUCGAAUCAGCCGCCGAAGGCCACUGCGAACGGCCCUGACGCCGGUGCUGCACCGGCGGACAGUGACAUUCAGUUCGGCAGCUUUGCGGAGACUGAGGGCGAGGUGGCUCAAAGCAAGGAGCAGCCGGCGGCUCCAGCUGGGCCUCUGCCCACGGCAGUGCCCGCGGCGGUUGAGGCUGUGCGGCAGCAGUCGCGUCAAGUGAUCAGGACUAACAGCGCACCAGCGUCGGCGAACCCAGCUCAGGAAGGCGCGCGUGAGGGGCCUGUAUUCGUGCCCCACAAGGUGGAGCGGGCUCCGCAGCAACCUAGCCGUAUGGCAGCGGCGGCACCCGCACAGGUGGAGGGCGGGGUGCAAGCUCCGCAGCCGCCGCCGCAGCUGCUGCCGCCAAGCGCUGCACUGGAGAUGCCGACAGCGCCAGUGCAGGGCGCGACGGUUGCGGCACGCGAGGGUGGCGUGCAGCAGCGGCAGGGAGGCCAUGGCCGCCAGGCGGGCCACGACCGACAGCAGCAGCCCCACGCGUCAGGCCCUAUGCCGUACGCACAUGCUGGCGGAGCUGCAGUGCCGGUAGGACCGGGUGGCGGGCCGGGGCCGCAUCACGGCGGUCCCCGGCAUGUGGGGCACCCGGUGCACCACCCGCCGCCUCCGCCCCAGCAGCAACAGCAACAGCAGCAGCCUCCGCCUCCGCCGCAGCAGGGCUUCGGACCGGGCCCUGCCGGCCAGGCACCCCAGCCUCCGCAUCAUCACAUGCAGGGGCCGCCGCCGCAGCCAGCAGGCCCACGCGGCGGACCUGGCAGCCGUGGCGGGCCGCCUCCUCCCCAGCCGGUGCCGGUGCAGGUGCCGGUGCAGGGUGGCUACCCGCAGGGGCCUUACAUGCCGUCUUACGGCCCCCCGCCCACUGCGCCAAUGAACAUGCCCCCGCAACAGCAGCCUCACGGGUACGGCGCAGUGCCGGUCCAGCACGGCAGCGGCAUGCCGCCCCCGCCCCCGCCGCCGCAGUAUGUGGUGGGCAGCCCCAGCCAGUACCCGCCGCAGUUCAUGGGCGCGCCGCAGGCGUACUUCCCUCCGGGCACUGUGCUUGCUGGUCCCAACGGCCCACUGUCCAUCGGCCUGAUGGCGGUGCCCAUGCCGCCGCCCGGCCACCCCGCACACCAUCACCCCGGGCCGCCUAGCGGACCCCACGGCGGCCCGCCCGGCCACAUCAUGGCCUCCUCGCCCACAAUGGGCUUCCACGUGCCGCCCCAGCAUCAGCACCAGCAUCAGCAUCAGCAGCAGCAGCACCCGCACCCGCACCAGCACCAGCAUCCGCACCCGCACCCGCACCCGCCGCCGCCAGCCAACUAUGGCCCGGGGCCAGCCGGGCCGCAACCAGCUGCGAUGCCCAUGUCCAUGCCGCCGCCCGUGCCCAGCAGUGGGGCGCCCAACGCCCCAGUCGCUGCCGCCGCUCAGGCAGCCAUCAACGCCACCAACACAGCACCGGUGUCAGCAGUCCCCACAGUCGUGCCCGCUGCACAGCCUCACCACCCGCCGCCGUCACACGUGCCUGCUCCCAGCCCCGCACCCGCACCCGUGCCGUCCGCGAUGCAGACCGCCGGUGCGGUACCCAGCGGAGUUGGAGCGCAGCCCGCUGCACCUGCGGCGGCCGGCCCUGUCGCCGCCAAGCCCGUGGCCACUCCCCCUCCUCCGCCCGCGAAGAAGGUCCUCAAGAUUGUGGACCCCAACUCGCACAAGGAGGUCAACCUGGCGGACUCGGCGGCCGCUGCGCUGGCGUCCACGGCGGGUGCGGACGCCAAGCCGGCGGACGCGGCGGCGGCGCCGCCCAAGCCCGCCCCGGUGCCGGGCGUGCAGGCGCCACCCAAGAAGGUGCUCGAGAUUAAGGAGCCUACCGUGAGGCCCAAGCCGGCUGCUGUGGAGGCCCCCAAGACUGUUGAGCCGGCCAAGCCGGCUGCUGCUGAGCCGGCCAAGCCGGCUGCUGCUGAGCCGGCCAAGCCGGCGGCGGCGGCGCCCGCUGCCGCUGCCGCCGCUGCAGCACCUGCACCAGCGGCUCCUGCAGCCAAGCCGGUGGCAUCGGCGUUUGCGGAGGCGGCCGCCAUUCCCGCCAAGGAGCCGGCGUCGUUCCAGAUUGACGUGGCGGACGAUGAGGAGGGCGACGAGGUCAAGGCGGGCGCGGCUGCUGCUUCCAACUCGGCUGCUGGGGGCUCAGAGGAGGCGGGCUCGUCUGGGGGUGCUGGCGCGGCGUCUGGCUCAGGAUCAGGCGAUGACGGUGCCUCUGGCGCCGCCGCUGGCGCCCGCAAGAAGAACCUCAAGCAGGCGCUGCGUGACGCGGACGCCAAGGGCGCCAACAACGACAUGCUGUCGGCCUUCCGCGACGCUCCGCCGCCGCCGCCGCCGGAGGCCGCCAAGCCCAAGGAGGUUGCUGCCGCUAAGGAGGAGCCCGCUGCCGCCGCGCCCGCCGCCGAGGAGGUGACGGAGCACUGGGAGGAGCGCGCGGACGAGGCUGCUGAGGCGUCUAGCUUGGGUGCAGGGGAUGCGAACGACAAGCGACACACCUACUCGCGUGACUACCUGCUAUCCAUCGGCAGCCGCAUCCUGGAGCCUCUGCCCAUUGCGCUGGACUCGUACUUCCAGCAGAACAUCCUGCUGGAGAAGCCGCAGGACAACACGCGCAUCGGCGUGGGCCUCACGCUGGGCCGCGCGGGCAGCCGGGAGGCGGACUGGGGCCGGCGCGACGAGCGCAACCGUAGCGGCGACUUCCGCGGCGGCGACAUGCGCGGUGGUGAUAUGCGCGGAGGCAGAGACCGGGACGGCAUGCGGGGCGGCCAGGGUGGACGUGGCGGCGGUGGCAUGGACCGGCGCGGCUCGGCCAACAUGGAUGACGGGUGGCAGCGGCGCGGGCCCCCGCCCCCGCCAUCCCCCGGCGGCGACAUGCAGCGUGGCGGCAGCCGCGGCAUGUCUCGCCAGGGCUCGGCCAACCCCGGCUACGGCGGCGGCGGCCCGGUGAACCUGCACAAGACGGAGAACCGCUGGCAGGCAGGCAUGAGCAUUGCGGAGGACCCCGAGGAGGAGAAGAAGCAGAAGACGUUCAAGGGUAUCCUCAACAAGCUGACGCCCGACAACUACGAGAAGCUCAAGUUGCAGAUUCUGGCGGUGCAGAUCACCCACCAGAAGACGCUGGAGGGCUUCAUCAAUCAAAUCUUUGACAAGGCGCUCAUUGAGACCACCUUCAGCGAGAUGUACGCCAACCUGUGCAAGGAGAUCCACCCGAACCUGCCCACCUUCCCGUCGAACGACCCCAGCAGCAACAAGCCGGUGGACUUCCGCCGCAUGCUGCUGAACAAGUGCCAACAGGAGUUUGAGGACGGUACGGCUGCGAUGCAGAAGGUAAAGGCGCGUGAGGAGCACGACAAGGAGGAGGCGGAGAAGAAGCUGCACGAGAAGGAGAAGAAGGACGAGACCACGCCGGCACAGGGUGACAACGCGCAGCCCGCUCAGCUUGAGGAGGGUGAGGUAGCCGCGUCCCCCUCGGCUCCGUCAGUCGACGACGCCAAGGCCAAGGCGCAGGCAGAGGCAGCCGAGGCGGAGCGCGAGCUCAAGGCCCGCCGGCGCAUGCUGGGCAACAUCCAGUUCAUCGGCCACCUGUACAAGUGCGGUCUGCUCACCGAGCGCAUCAUCCACAGCUGCAUUGUCAGCCUCAUGCAGGACACCAAGUCACCCCGCCCCGAUGACAUCGAGUGCCUGUGCAAGCUGCUCACUACGCUGGGCAAGCAGCUCGAGGAGCAGACGGCCAAGAAGGUGCAGCAGAACCAGAACCCCAUGGAGGUCUACUUCAAGCGCCUGCGGGACCUGCGCGAGAGCUCCAACCUGGACAGCCGCAUCAAGUUCGCCAUCCAGGACGUGCUCGACCUGCGCGCCGCUAAGUGGGUGUCUCGUCGCAAAGCUGAGGGGCCCAAGCGUAUUGAGGACGUGCACCGCGAGGCGCAGGCGCAGCUGGCAGCGCAGGCCUCCCGCGACCGUGAGGAGCGGUACGGUGGCCAGCGGGGCCCUGGCGGGCGCGGCGGCCCCAUGGGCGGGCGGGACGCGCCUCCUCCUCCUGGGCGCUUCGGUGGCCCACCGCAGCAGGACGAGGCUCGCCUCAUGGGCCGCGGCGAAGUGGCUCGGCCGCUGCGCGCUGGCGGCAUGGAGCGCCAGGCCAGCUCUGAGGUCAGCCUGCGCCCCACCUCGUCCGUCUUCUCCUCCAAGCGGACGGGCAGCCCUGCGCAGCCCGCGGGUGGCUCUGUGGCGGCGUCGGCUGGCGCUGCGCGCGAGGCCGCUGCGGCCGCUGCGCGUGCGACCGCCCCCGUUGCGGCGGCCGCCGUCGCCGCUUCGCGUGAGGAGCCGCGCGCGCCGCCGCCGCCGCCGCCCGCCGGCAUGAGCGAGGAGGCGGCCAAGAAGAAGGGCAGCUCGUGGUGCAAGGAGCUGUACGAGGUAAAAGAGAAGGCGGCUGCGGCGGAGAGCCUGGCCACCUUCAAAUCAGACGGCGCGCCGAUGGGUGUGCUGCUGGCGGCGGCUGUUCGCGAGGCGUUCGAGGUGCGCGGCAUUGCGCCGACGGAGCGCCUCAACCUGCUCAAGGAGCUGCUGGUGGAGCAGCUGACAGCGGCGGACGGCGUGCUGACGUCAUCCAUGCUUGAGGACGCCUUUGCGCGCUUCAUGGGCGACCUGCACACCUGGGUGGAGGACAACCCCAAGGCUGCCGGUGUGGCGGGCUCUGCGGUGGGUGAGCUGGCGGCACAGGGGCACCUCAGCCUCGGCCCCUGCCUUCGUCCAAUCCUGGAGGCCAAGGGCUCGGGCGGUGGCGAUGAUGACGAGGAGGCCGGUGGCGAGGAUCUGCCACCUCUGGUAGAGUGUGAUGCAGCGGCUGACAUCGUCAAGCAUGUCCUGGAGUCGGCCACCAAGGUGAGCGCGGAUAAGGUGGCGGACCUAUGGCGCGCCUCGGGUCUCGACGUCAAGGCUUUCUUUGCGAUGCCCGAGGAUGCCGAGGAGAUGACCACGACAUACAGCUGGCUGUCGUCUUAAGGCGGCACAUGGACAAGCUGCAGAUGGCCACUAGGCGAGGGGUUGAGGGGUGGUUGGUGUGAGGCGCGAGUAGGCAUAGAGGGAGAAGAACGCAGGUGAACUUAUGACUCGACGGUAGCUUACUGGCGGUGGGUUGGGGAUUGACUACGACCAAGAGUAGAGACUGACCGCGCUGGCACGUACAGGUUCUAGGCUGAUUGACUGACAUGAUCAGACGCACGCGUUUGGCUUGCACUGAGCACCACGCUUAAUGCAAUGCUACCUAACUAGCUAAGCAUGGAAACAUCGCAGGAGGUAUAACACGGUAUGAUCUUUUGGCUGAAUCAAGUGUCAGCGCGGGCUCAUCAUACGCCCCACCCAUUUUGAUUAGGGAGGGCAGCCGUGUAAUUGGAACCGCUGAAACUGUUGGUACUACGCCCCCCCCUGUUUACAAGUGAGUAACGGAAGUAUCACAACGCGGCUGGAGUACCGUUGCCCUCGUGCGUUGCCCUCUGACGCCGUCACAAAUGAACACAAUAGCUGGUGGGUCACCGGGUGUUGGUCGGUGUAACGGCUCCAUCAGCUCGAGGCUAGCCGACUGCGGGCGUUUACACAGCCUGGCUCACUUACAAACAAACUUCUUAUACCGAAAUGGAUCACAUACCGACAUGGAUCACAUCUGGAUGGUGGCCGCUCCGUGCGGGUGGGGCGCGGCGCCUUGACGGGGGGGGGGGCGAGGACCCCGGUUAACCCCGAGACCAGGAGAAGAUGCGAAGGCCGCGGACAUGUAAGUACGCGUUCCG